GCAGGGUAGCAGCGACGGCGGGUCGCGCCGAGCGGCCAGAGGUACCUCUCGGCUCCGGCCCGGGACGCCGCGGGCGGAAAGCGAGGCCGGGCCGCCCUGUGCCGCUGUACCGCGCGGCCUCGGUGGCAGAGGGUGGCUGCGAGCGCUGAGCGGGACCACGUGUGCAAAGCGCGUGCGCCCGGCGCCAGGUGGGCGCUAAAUGGCGUACAUUAGUCGAAAAGAGUUGAAAACAACCUGAGUGCCCAACAGUAGAGGAUUGAGCUUUUAAAAAAAAUAUAUGUGUCAUCAGCUUUGGAAAAGAUGCCAGCUCCAGCCACCACAUAUGAAAGAAUAGUUUACAAAAACCCCUCUGAGCACCACUACAUGAAAGUCCGCCUAGAAUUUCAAGAUUGUGGGGCUGGCCUGAAUGCCGCACAGUUCAAACAGCUGCUUGUCUCAGCCCUGAAGGACCUGUUUGGGGAGGUUGAUGCUGCCUUACCCUUGGAUGUCCUAACCUACGAAGAGAGGACCUCAUCAGCCAUCUUGAGAAUAUGUAGCAGUGGUCUUGUCAAAUUAUGGAGCUCUUUGACUCUGUUAGGAUCCUAUAAAGGCAGGAAAUGUGCUUUCAGAGUGAUUCAGGUGUCUCCAUUUCUCCUUGCAUUAUCUGGUAAUAGUAGGGAGCUAGUAUUGGAUUGAGUAGUCUUCAAUUUCAGAAACAUUCCUCUACUCUCAGAAGUACUUUUUGGUGCCAGCAUAAUGUUUGAAGACUGAAG